GUGGGCUUGAGCUCGGCACGUCCUCAGGGUAAGGAUAGUUACAGCAACUUCUUAUUUCCUUAUUGUUCUAAUGUUCUAAUUUUGCUCAUCUUUGCAGACAUCGCAAAAAUGGUGACCAAGAGCGAAGUCCUUUACGCCCGCUUCCAAAAGAGGGCGGCUGAACUCUCAGGAGAACCGACCGAGCCGAGGAAGAAAGCAAAGACCUCGGCGAAGACCUCGACGACCACAACCGUUGAGGCGCGCGCUUCUCGCCCCGUGCGCCCUGAGGCUGGUCGGGGAGAGGGCGUGGGCUCUGGCGGAGCCACAAUGGCACCUCCGUGUCCGGUGCCGAUUUCGCAAGUCCCUGGUCGGCGGGAAGCUCCAGAUUCCGACCAGGGAGGGAGGACCUCAGCAGAUCUGGCGCUCGCACGCCCCACCUCUACCACGCAGCGGUCCGGUCAGCCGUCUACUCGACCCCAAUUCCCCAGCUCUGAGCCGGGGAAUAGCCAAGAAGCAACGGGGUCGGCCGCACCCCGGCCAGCUGAGGCCGGUCUGGCGGGUCCUUCGGGUCCUCAGGAGCGGGUGCCUUACGCUCCUGGAUGGGCUGUUUUCGAGGGCGACUCGGCCCUCGAUAAUGUACAAGUGGCGCGCGAAGUUCUUCGGGUCGCGCUGCUCCCGGCCGACCAGGCCAAAAUUCGGUCCAUGAACUACGGCGAGUUCAUGGACUCCGCUAUUUGCUCUUCCAUCCGACGCCUCCACGAGACCGAGACGAUGAUUCACAUCAUCCAGGACUAUCGGGACCGGGCCCGAAGGCAUCAAAGGGGGCGCGAGGAGGCCGAAACAAAGUUCCUCGCGUCUGAGGCCGAGCAGAAAGUGCUUCAAGCGAAGCUAGGGGCGGCCGAAGACGAGGUUCGGACUCUGGUCGCCGAACUUGAAGAGGAGAAGGGCGCGCACUCUUUGACUAGGUCCGAAGUGCGCGCUGCGGAGGCCCGCCGGACGGAGGCCGAAUCGUCGCUCGCUAUACGCGAGCAGGAGGUGGGGGAGGCUCGAAUAAAGUUGCGGCAUCUUCUCCCGGAUUUCGAUGUAAACCUGCUCAAACCGGGAGCAGGGAGGGCGGAGGCGGAGGCAGAAAGUCCGGGAGCUGAGGCGGCCGUAGCCGAUCCUGAAGCGACCGAGGUCGCCCCCGAGGCCGCUCCUAUUAUUGCCGAGGCCAUUGUAGAGGUCUCGGCUGCUGAGCCGACCACUCCCGGGACCGCCGAGGCUGAGGUGGUCGAACUCGAACCUUUAGUGUAA